UUUAUGCAUCCUCAUCAUCGCAGCUGCCAUCAACGAAUUCCCCAUCACUGGAAAAUGAUGGCGAAGCGAAAUCAGCGCUGACAAAUCUGAUCAUCAAUUAUUUGCCUCAGAAUAUGACUCAGGAGGAAGUACGUUCGUUGUUCUCGACGCUCGGCGAAAUCGAUUCCUGUAAACUUGUGCGCGAUAAAGUUACUGGUUAG